CCUGCAGAAGGCGCAUCUGUAAGACAACUAAGAUCUGUUUCCAGAAGGCUCAGCCAAGACUUUAGAUAUGGAGUUAUCCAAUAGAAAGCUGUGGACGGGUGCCGCCUGGUUUAUUUUUAAGCAACUUUAAAAGAGUUGAAGGUUAAGUUUGCAAUUUGUGGACCUAUUUUUUAAAAAUCCAGUUGUGGUCCAGAAUCUAGACGACGCUUGGGGCUGUCAAAGCUUUCCGUGUGGCCACCAGAGGCCUUCCCAAGCUUGGAUCUUAUUGGAUGUGUUCCUGACAUUUGGAAAACGAUUUUGAGAAACUCCCAUGGAUCCGAAUAUCCAGGGGUCUUUCCUCUUUAACAACAGCCUGAACCAGUUCCCCUCAGACCUAAAGGCACCAGUGUGCCAGUACUCAGUUCCCAACUCCUUCUACAAACUCAACCCGGGCCUCAACACCCAGCUGCAACCGGGGACGCCCCACGGCAUCAGCGACAUCCUGAGUCGAUCCAUGGUGGGGGUCGGCACUACCGGCACCACCACCCUGCUGUCAGGAUACUCCCCCAUGGGGGGGUUCGGUCCCUCCGUAACCAGUACAUCUAUGUACUACAAUCGAGACUACAACCCCUCACUUGGGGGCUUCUCAAAAAGCCCUGCAGAGUGCCCGAUGAAGGGUCGAAGUAUGAGCUGCUGGGCAGAGAGCAGCUGUGACUGGAGAGGAGGAAGACAGCAGUGCACCGGCGGCAGUGGUCCGCUCGGAGAAAUGCCCAGCAGGAAGAAACACACCAGACCAACGUUUAGUGGACAUCAGAUAUUUGCCCUUGAAAAAACCUUUGAACAGACUAAGUACCUGGCCGGGCCUGAAAGGGCAAGACUGGCGUAUUCUCUGGGAAUGACGGAGUCACAAGUCAAGGUGUGGUUUCAGAACCGACGCACCAAGUGGAGGAAGAAGAGCGCCUCUGAGCCCAGCUCCACGCAGGCCGGCCAUAUUGGACAGGGAGGGGAGACCUCAGAGAACGAGGUGGAGGAUGAGGAGUACAACAAGCCCCUGGACCCAGAUUCAGAUGAUGAUAAGAUCAGACUACUGCUGCGCAAACACCGCAGGGCUUUCUCUGUUCUCAGGCUCGGGCCGCACCCUGUCUGACACACACUCUACCAAACAGACCUGCAUGCUGUGAUUAAAUAACUUUAGUUAAAGUUGAGAGAAACAAACUCAGCGUGAGCAGAUAAGCUCCAACCAAGGAAGAUAAAACAGUCAGAGAACAGAACACAAAGAAUUCUUCUAAAUUAUCACAAUGAUUCCUCACUUAUAACUGUGCAAAAUCUGAAUAAACAUAUAUACAAAUAUAUGCUGAAAAAAUAAUCUAUAACUGAAAGCUAUUUGUGGGUUAAAAUAGCCAAACUUUUUAGCUCCCAAUCCCCAAAAACUCUCCAUUAAAAUGUUUGGAAAGACUUUGUUAUUUGCAUAAAAAAAUGUAAGAGAUUAAAAGAAAAUAAAAAAAAGAUCACCGAAUAUGAGUUGAAUCAUAAUUACAAAUUGUAAUAUAAUGUCUGUUUUUCUGUGUACUGAAUAAAAUAUGUCUGAUGCUUUUAAGUGAAUAAAUAUCCUGUAAAAAUGUGCAGAUACACAAUGUAAAAUGAACGCACUUAAA